AUGUUUUUGUUCGAUUGGUUCUAUGGAAUCCUGGCGACGUUAGGUUUGUGGCAAAAAGAGGCGAAGAUAUUGUUUCUGGGGCUCGACAAUGCCGGCAAAACUACUUUGCUUCACAUGCUCAAAGACGAGAGAUUAGUUCAGCACCAGCCAACACAGCAUCCAACAUCUGAGGAACUGAGUAUUGGCAAAAUUAAGUUCAAGGCUUUUGACUUGGGUGGCCACCAGAUUGCGCGUAGGGUUUGGAAAGACUACUAUGCUAAGGUUGAUGCGGUUGUGUACCUAGUGGAUGCUUUCGACAAGGAGAGAUUUGUGGAGUCAAAAAGGGAGCUUGACGCUCUUCUGUCUGAUGAAGCCUUGGCAAAUGUUCCCUUUCUUAUUCUUGGCAACAAGAUUGAUAUUACUUAUGCUGCCUCUGAAGAUGAGCUCAGGUAUCACUUGGGUCUCACCAAUUUCACUACCGGUAAAAGCAAUGUGAGUCUAGAAGAAUCUGGUGUUCGUCCGCUUGAGGUGUUCAUGUGCAGCAUCGUCCGCAAAAUGGGAUAUGGCGAGGGGUUUAAAUGGUUAUCUUACUACAUCAAGUAGGAAACCAAAUUAGAAUUGAUCUUUGCUUCACGGUUUUAUG